GGGCUCGUACUUCGCCCAAGACGCGCGGCCGACAACUAGCUGCAGGUGCGGGGCGAGAGUCGGCACGCGCCGCGUUCGAGGGGAGGAGUGUGGGGAGCCUCCCGGGGCGCGCGUGCAGAGGGGCGUCCUCGCCCACCCGGAGCUGGCGCAGGUGCGCGCACUAGGAGCCAGCCGGCCCCGCGUCCCCUCGGGCGUGCCCAGUGGCAGCCCGGGUGGCAGCCCGGGAGGUGCAAGGCUUCCGGGAAGCUCCGAUGCUUCGCUUAACUCCAGGUGCCGGCCGAGAGGCGGCGGGCGCGGUGGAGUUGGAGGACGAGGAGGAAGAGGAAGAGGAGGAGGCCAGGAGAGCCCGGAGUUUCGCCCAAGACGCGCGGGUACGCUUCCUCGGGGACCACCUGGAGCAGAUGAUGGGGCUCUCGGAGGAGAAAUGGAGCGAGUUUCUGCAGAGCGAGGGCAACAGGCAGAUCCUAGGGGAGUUUCUGGAGAGCGCCAGGCCAGCCUGCCUCCUGUUCAGCGUCGCCGCCGCGGGGCAACUCGUGGCCACCUGGGAGAUUCCAAGAGAUGCAAAACAUAAACUUGUUUAUAUUGCCAAGAAGCUUACUGAAAGCCCUGGAAUAAAUGAAUACUCUCAAACUAUUUUAUUUGGAGAGUUACCUGCAUCAUCUCUUGGACAUGUCACUGCUUUCCUAGAUGAGAUUUUAGUGCCAAUUCUUUCUAACAAGAACAACCAUAAAAUUUGGUCCUGUUUUAUUUCACAAGAUAUGGAACGUCACAUAGAAGUGAUGAAAAAUAAAAUGCAUAUUUUUAGGGGCAAAAUGUCAGGAAGAACUCUUCUACCGAUUCCCACUAUUGCAGGAAAGAUCGACCUGGAUCAGAAUUAUUCAAAGAACAAGCUAGAUUCAAAUGAAAGGACAAUACUUCAUGCAAUUGAGUCUGUGGUUAUUAAAUGGUCACAUCAAAUCCAAGAAAUUGUAGAAAAAGAUUCAUUGCAGCCUGUGCUGAAUGGUCUUCACUCAAAUCCUCAAACUGAGCUAGAUUUCUGGCGGAUGAGGAAAGAGAAUCUAUUAUGCAUUUAUGAUCAACUCCAGGCUCCUGUUGUCCUCAAAAUGGUUAAGAUUCUGAAAACUAAACAAAGCAUCUAUUAUCCAACUUUGAAGGACAUUUUCUUGACUGUGGAAAAUGCUCUUCUGGAAGCCCGAGACGUAGACCUCCACCUGAGCCCGCUGACGGGGCACAUUCAGCGUCUCCAGGAGACAGAAUUUCCACAGACCCACGUGUUAAUCGCCCCGUUAUUUCAUACCAUUUGUCUGAUCUGGAGUCAUUCCACGUUUUACAAUACCCCUGCUCGAGUUAUAGUUUUAUUACAAGAGUUUUGUAAUCUCUUCAUAGACCAGGCAAUAGCUUACCUUUCACCUGAGGACCUUUUGAAGGGAGAAAUUGAAGACUCACUGGAAAAGGUUCAAGUUGCCAUUAACGUCUUAAAGACUUUCAAAAAUUCCUUUUUCCACUAUAGAAAGGGAUUGGCAAAUUAUUUCGUAGAAAAUAAGGAGCUGAAAUCAUGGGAUUUCCAGUCUCAUUUGGUAUUUUGCAGAUUUGACGAGUUUCUCAACCGUCUGAUGAAAAUAGAGGAUAUAUUCAUCACCAUAUUGGAAUUUGAAAAGCUGGAAAGACUUGAGUUUGGUGGUUCCAAGGGAGCAAUUUUAAAUGCACAAAUCUACAAGAUGAGUGAAGAAUUUAUGGAACUCUGUAAAGUUUUUAAACAGAGCACUUACAACCCAUCUGAUUACAAUAACACGGAAUUUGAAACUGAUUAUGAUGUGUUUAAGUUCAAAACUUUGGAUUUUGACAGAAGGCUUGGAACUAUUCUUUGUGAAGGUUUCUUUAACUGCAAUGGUUUAGAAGCUGCAUUUAAGCUUUUGACCAUAUUUGGGAAUUUUCUAGAGAAACCAGUUGUCAUGGAAAUUUUCAGCCCACAUUACAGCACACUAGUGAAUAUGUUUAAUGCAGAAUUGGAUAUGUGUAAGCACUUGUAUAAUGAACACAUGAGAGAGAUUGAACAUGGAAGGGUAGUUCUUAACAAGAAUAUGCCAUUUACCUCAGGAAAUAUUAAGUGGGCCCGAGAGGUCCUUGAACGACUUCAAACAUUUUGGUCUAACUUUGCAUCUCUCCAUUAUCUAUUCUCGGAAAGUCUUGAUGAUGCCUUAGUUUAUCAGAAGUAUGUUGAAAUGACAACUUUGCUAGACCAAUUUGAAAAUCAUGUGUAUAACGAAUGGAAAAGUAAUGUGGAUGAAAUUUGCGAAUUCAGUUUGAAUCAACCUUUGAUUAAAUCCAGUGCCAUAAAUGGACUUCUCAGUGUCAACUUUGACCCAAAGCUAGUGGCUGUGUUGAGAGAAGUGAAAUACCUUUUGAUGUUGAAGAAAUCGGACAUACCAGGUUCAGCCUUAGCCAUCUUCAAAAAAAGAAACACCAUUUUAAAGUACAUUCGAAGUCUUGAACUUCUUGUGCAAGGGUAUAAUAAGCUGCAACAAACUCUUCUGGAAGUUGAAUACCCUCUGAUUGAAAAUGAACUGAAGGCUGUCGAUGAUCAACUAAAAGAAGCUGCGACUUUGGUCACGUGGCAGGAGGACUGCUGGGAGUACAUCGAGAGGGUGAAGACAGCCGCCUGUGAGCUGGAGCGCAGAGUCCAGCAGGCACAGAGCAAUGUCCGAGCCAUCCGGCACACGAUGAGAGCUUGGCCCGAGUGUGCUCUCCUGUCCAGGAGAGAGCACAGAAAGGAGCCUGCCUUUAUUUUGGAGGACAAGGGGGAUUUGUUUACUAAGAAAUACAAGUUAAUCCAAGACGAUGGCUGCAAGAUACACAACUUGGUGGAGGAAAAUAGGAGACUCUUCAAAGCCCAUCCUUCUCUGGAUACCUGGAAGAUUUAUGUAGAAUUCAUUGAUGACAUCGUGGUAGAAGGCUUUUUUCAAGCUAUACUGCAUGACUUGGAUUUCUUUCUGAAAAAUACAGAGAAACGAUUAAAGCCUGCACCAUUUUUUCAAGCACAAAUGAUCCUAAUUCCCCCUGAGAUUGUGUUUAAACCUUCUUUAGAAAGGGAGGCUGGUGAUGGGGUCUAUGAUUUGGUAGAAGAAAUGCUAUGCAAUAGUUUUAGAAUGUCUGCUCAGAUGAAGCGAGUGGCAUCACAUCUGGAAAUAGCAAAUUAUCAGAAUGAUAUGGAUAACAUGUUAGGCCUGGUGGACGCCAGGCAGGAGAUAAUGAACAGAGUGGCGGAGGUCAUCAGCAAAGUCUUGGAUUUCAGGAGCACUCUGGAGACUUACGCUUACCUCUGGGUGGAUGACCGAGCUGAGUUUAUGAAGCAUUUUCUCCUGUAUGGCCAUACUAUAUCGUCUGAGGAAAUGGAUGCUCAUGCAGAUGAAGAAAUCCCUGAACAACCACCAACUAUCGAACAGUUCAAAGAACAGAUUGACAUAUAUGAGGCUUUGUACAUUCAGAUGAGCAAGUUUGAUGACUUCAAAGUGUUUGAUGGUUGGUUCAAGGUGGACAUGAAGCCUUUCAAAGUGAGUUUGCUGAACAUUAUAAAGAAAUGGAGCUGGGUGUUUCAGGAGCAUCUUUUGAGAUUUGUCAUCAACAGUCUGAAUGAGCUACAAGAGUUUAUAAAGGAGACAAAUGCAGGACUUCAGAAAGAAAUAAGUGAAGGAGAUCAUGAUGGCUUAGUUGAUAUCAUGGGGCAUCUUCUGGCUGUGAGAAGCCGACAGAGAGCUACAGAUGAACUCUUUGAACCACUAAAAGAAACCAUCGCACUUUUGGAAAGCUACAGCCAGAAGAUGCCUGAGCAAGUCUAUAUUCAGCUGGAGGAAUUACCUGAAAGAUGGGAAACUACCAAAAAGAUUGCUGCAACUGUCAGACAUGAAGUUUCACCUCUCCAUAAUGCAGAAGUUGCUCUUCUAAGGAAAAAAUGUGUUUUGUUUGAUGAAAAGCAGGCAGAAUUCAGAGAGACAUUCAAACACGAUGCUCCUUUUGGCUUUAAUGCAGAAAAUUCAUACACAGUGCUUGAUAAGGCAAACCAAGAGCUUGAGGCAUUAGAAGAAGAAAUGUUGCAGAUGCAAGAAUCCACUCGUCUUUUUGAAGUGGCUCUUCCAGAGUACAAACCAAUGAAACAGUGUCGCAAAGAAAUAAAGCUGCUCAAAGGACUCUGGGAUGUCAUUAGUUAUGUUAGAAGAAACAUUGAUAAUUGGACUAAAACCCAGUGGAGACAGAUUAAUGUGGAACAGAUGGAUGUAGAACUCCGAAGGUUUGCCAAGGAAAUCUGGUCACUAGACAAGGAAGUCCGUGUGUGGGAUGCUUACACAGGCCUGGAAGGUGCAGUGAAGGACAUGACAACCUCCCUGAGAGCGGUGAAGGAGCUGCAGAGCCCUGCCCUCAGGGACAGACACUGGCACCAGCUGAUGCAGGCCAUUGGGGUGGAGUUUUCGAUAAAUGAAGCCACAACUUUGGCAGAUUUGUUAGCAUUGCAGUUGCACAAAGUGGAAGAUGACGUCCAAAGCAUUGUGGACAAAGCAGUGAAAGAACUAGGAACUGAAAAGGUUAUUACUGAAAUCAGCCAUACGUGGGUGACCAUGGAGUUUUCUUAUGAAGUUCACUACCGGACGGGCAUUCCAUUACUAAAGUUUGAUGAGCAACUUUUUGAAACUCUAGAGCAUAACCAAGUUCAGUUGCAGACUCUUCUUCAAAGCAAAUAUGUGGAGUAUUUCAUUGAGCAAGUCUUAGGCUGGCAAAAUAAAUUAAACAUAGCAGACUCGGUCAUCUUUACUUGGAUGGAAGUCCAGCGAACUUGGUCUCGCCUGGAAAGCAUCUUUGUUUGUUCUGAAGAUAUUCGAAUCCAGCUUGUGAAAGAUACUAGAAGAUUCGAUGGAAUAGAUGCUGAAUUUAAGGAGUUAAUGUUCAACACAGCUAAAAUAAAAAAUGUUUUAGAAGCAACUUGCAGACCUAAUCUCUAUGAAAUACUUAAAGAUUUACAGUACAGGCUUUCUCUUUGUGAAAAAGCUCUUACUGAAUACCUGGAGACAAAGCGUGUGGCUUUUCCUCGCUUCUAUUUCAUCUCUUCUGCUGACUUACUUGACAUUCUCUCAAAGGGAGCUCAGCCUAAACAGGUAACACGUCACCUUGCCAAACUCUUUGACAGCAUCGCAGAUCUGCACUUUGAGGACAAUCAGCAUGUUUCCGCCCACAGAGCAGUAGGAAUGUACAGCAAGGAAAAGGAAUAUGUCUCAUUCGAAGCCGAGUGUCAAUGUAUAGGCCAUGUGGAAACGUGGCUUCUGCAACUUGAACAAACCAUGCAAGAAACAGUGCGACAUUUUAUCACAGAAGCCCUUGCAGCCUAUGAGGAAAAACCCAGGGAACUGUGGAUUUUUGAUUUCCCAGCUCAAGUUGCACUAACUAGUUCACAAAUAUGGUGGACUGCAGAUGUGGGAAUAGCCUUCAGUAGACUGGAGGAAGGCUAUGAAACAGCCCUGAAGGAUUUCCAUAAAAAACAGAUUUCUCAGUUGAAUACACUGAUUGCACUCUUGCUGGGAGAACUUCCACCUGGAGACAGGCAGAAGAUCAUGACCAUUUGUACCAUAGAUGUCCAUGCCAGAGAUGUGGUGGCAAAACUUAUUUCUCAAAAGGUUGUUAGUCCUCAAGCUUUUGCUUGGCUGUCUCAACUUCGUCACCAGUGGGAUGACACCCAGAAACACUGCUUUGUUAAUAUUUGUGAUGCCGAGUUCCAGUACUUCUAUGAAUACUUAGGAAACAGUCCUCGACUUGUGAUCACUCCGCUAACUGACAGGUGUUAUAUUACCUUAACUCAGUCACUUCAUCUGACCAUGAGUGGGGCUCCGGCUGGCCCAGCUGGUACAGGGAAAACGGAAACCACCAAAGAUCUUGGACGUGCCCUUGGCAUGAUGGUUUAUGUAUUUAACUGUUCAGAGCAAAUGGACUACAAAUCCAUAGGGAAUAUCUAUAAGGGAUUGGUGCAGACAGGAGCGUGGGGCUGUUUUGAUGAGUUCAAUCGAAUUGCCGUGGAAGUUCUGUCAGUGGUCGCAGUACAAGUGAAAAUGAUACAUGAUGCCAUCAGGAACAAGAAGAGGAGAUUUGUAUUUCUUGGGGAAGCUAUCACACUGAAGCCAUCAGUUGGAAUAUUUAUUACCAUGAACCCAGGAUAUGCUGGCCGAACAGAAUUACCAGAAAAUCUCAAAGCUCUUUUCAGACCUUGUGCUAUGGUGGCCCCUGACAUUGAGCUAAUCUGUGAAAUCAUGUUAGUUGCUGAAGGUUUUGUGGAUGCACGCUCACUAGCCCGAAAGUUUGUCACAUUGUACACGCUCUGCAGGGAGCUUCUCUCCAAGCAGGAUCAUUAUGAUUGGGGUCUCCGUGCUAUUAAAUCUGUCUUGGUUGUAGCUGGCUCCCUGAAACGAGGAGAUAAAAAUAGACCGGAAGAUCAGGUACUUAUGAGAGCAUUAAGGGACUUCAAUAUGCCUAAAAUAGAGACCGACGACAUCCUGGUGUUCCUGGGCCUGGUUGGUGACCUGUUUCCCUCUCUGGAUGUGCCCCGGAAGAGGGUACCACACUUGGAGCAGACGGUCCGGCAGGCCGCCCUGGAGCUCCACCUGCAGCCAGAGGAGAGCUUCAUCCUCAAGGUCGUCCAGCUGGAGGAACUGCUGGCCAUAAGGCACUCUGUCUUCGUGGUUGGAAAUGCCGGCACAGGAAAGAGUAAGAUUUUGAGAACACUGAACCGAACAUAUGUUAACAUGCAGCAGAAACCCGUUUGGAAUGACUUAAACCCUAAAGCUGUGACGACAGAUGAACUCUUUGGUUUCAUCCAUCAUGCUACCCGGGAAUGGAAAGAUGGUCUCUUCUCAUCCAUUCUGAGAGAACAAGCAAAUCUUACUCAUCAUGGGCCAAAAUGGAUAGUCCUGGAUGGAGAUAUUGAUCCUAGGUGGAUUGAAUCUAAUACUGUCAUGGAUGAUAAUAAGGUGCUGACGCUUGCCAGCAACGAGCGCGUGGCCCUUACCCCCUCCAUGAAGCUUCUCUUUGAGAUCCAUCACUUACGGACAGCAACCCCGGCCACUGUGUCCAGAGCUGGUAUUCUGUAUGUGAACACACAAGAUUUGGGCUGGAACCCGUAUGUGGCCAGUUGGAUAGACAGAAGGCAGCAUCAAUCAGAAAAGGCUAAUUUAACAAUUCUUUUUGAUAAAUAUGUUCCUGCAUGUUUGGAGAAGCUGAGAGCAAGCUUUAAAACCAUCACUUCCAUUCCAGAGAAUAGCCUGGUGCAGACGAUUUGUGCUCUUUUAGAAUGUUUUUUGACCCCUGAAAAUGUACCUUCUGACAGCCCAAAAGAAGUUUAUGAAGUCUAUUUUGUCUUUGCUUGUAUCUGGGCAUUUGGAGGCAUCCUGCUACAAGAUCAGAUUUCUGAUUACCAAGCGGAGUUCAGUCGGUGGUGGCAUAAGGAAAUGAAAGCAGUGAAGUUUCCAUCCCAGGGGACAGUCUUUGAUUACUAUUUGGACCACAAGACUAAGAAAUUUUUGCCUUGGGCUGAUAAAAUCCCGAGAUUUACUCUGGAUCCAGAGGUACCUCUGCAGACAGUCCUUGUUCACACAUCAGAGACAACUCGUCUUAGAUAUUUCAUAAAUUUGUUGCUUGAAAAAGGAAAGCCACUAAUGCUAGUAGGAAAUGCUGGGGUGGGAAAAACAAUCUUUGUAGGUGACACACUUGCGAGUCUCUCUGAGGAAUACAUAGUAUCCCGUGUGCCUUUCAACUACUAUACAACAUCUGCAGCUCUGCAAAGAAUUCUUGAGAAGCCUCUGGAGAAAAAAGCUGGUCGUAACUAUGGUCCAGUAGGAAAUAAGAAGAUGGUUUAUUUUAUUGACGACAUGAACAUGCCUGAGGUGGACUUGUAUGGCACUGUUCAGCCCCACACUCUGAUUCGACAGCAUGUUGAUUAUGGACACUGGUAUGAUAGACACAAGAUGAGGCUUAAAGAAAUCCACAACUGCCAGUAUGUAACCUGCAUGAAUCCAAUGGUGGGCAGCUUCACGAUCAAUCCUAGACUACAGAGACAUUUCACAGUGUUUGCAUUCAGCUUUCCAUCCUUGGAAGCCUUAAACACCAUCUAUAGCCAAAUCCUUGGUUUCCACUUCCAGCAACAAGCCUUUGAUCCAUCAGUUCUCAGGAGUGGCCCUGCUUUGAUCCAGGCAACAAUUACUUUCCAUCAGAUGAUGAUGCAUAACUUUUUGCCCACUGCUAUUAAAUUCCACUACAUCUUUAAUCUGAGAGACUUGUCAAACAUUUUUCAGGGGAUUUUGUUUGCUUCUCCUGAAUGUUUAAAGGAUCCAAAUGAUUUAAUACGCCUGUGGCUUCAUGAGUCUUCCCGUGUUUAUGGAGACAAAUUGAUAGACACAAAAGAUUGUGAUUUGUUCCGGAAAAGAAUACUGGAAACUGCGUAUAAAUAUUUUGAAAGUGUGGACAAUCAAGUGCUGCUUCAACAGCCCCUCAUUUAUUGUCACUUUGCUAAUGGUGGGGAAGAGCCACGCUACAUGCCAGUGAAGGACUGGGAGGCACUGAAGAUGCUUCUCACGGAAAUGUUAGACAACUACAAUGAGCUAAAUGCUGCUAUGCACCUAGUUUUAUUUGAAGAUGCCAUGCAACAUGUGUGUCGCAUCAGUCGAAUUUUGAGAACCUCCGGGGGCUGUGCCCUCUUGAUCGGAGUGGGGGGCAGUGGCAAGCAAAGCCUGUCUCGGCUGGCGGCUUACAUUUGCAACUUUGAGGUGUUUCAGAUCACUUUGACCGAAGGCUAUGGAAUCGAAGAACUUCGUGUAGAUCUUGCCAAUUUGUACAUCAGAACUGGAGCCAAGAACAUGCCCACUGUGUUCCUGCUGACAGAUGCCCAGGUUCUAGAUGAGAGCUUUCUGGUGCUGAUUAAUGACUUGCUAGCUUCAGGAGAAAUCCCAGAUCUGUUCAGUGAUGAAGAUGUGGAUAAGAUAAUUUCUGGGAUUCGGAAUGAAGUUCACAGUCUGGGUGUGGUAGACUCCAGAGAAAAUUGUUGGAAGUAUUUUUUGACCAGGGUGCAACUACAGCUCAAAAUUAUUUUGUGUUUCUCUCCGGUUGGUCACAUGCUGAGAGAGAGAGCUCGGAAGUUCCCAGCCAUCGUUAACUGCACGGCUAUUGACUGGUUCCAUGCGUGGCCCCAGGAGGCUCUGGUUUCAGUCAGCAGGAGGUUCAUUGAGGAAAUCCAGGGAAUUGAGCCACUGGUCAAAGAUUCCAUUAGCCUUUUCAUGGCACACGUCCACACCAGUGUAAACGAAAUGAGUGCCAAGUUUUACCAGAAUGAGAGAAGACGCAACUAUACCACCCCGAAGAGUUUUUUAGAACAAAUAUCACUGUUUAAGAACCUGUUGCAGAAGAAGCAAAAAGAGGUAUCCCAGAAGAAAGAGCACUUGGUGAAUGGCAUCCAGAAGCUCGAGACAACAUCCUCUCAGGUGGGAGAUCUAAAAGCCAGGCUUGCCUCUCAAGAAGCCGAGCUGCAACUGAGAAGUCGUGACGCAGAAGCCCUGAUCACAAAGAUAGGGCUUCAGACGGAGAAAGUGAGCCGGGAAAAGGCCGUCGUCGAUGCCGAGGAGCAGAAGGUGGCGGCCAUUCAGACUGAAGUGUCCCAGAAACAGAGAGAGUGUGAGGCCGACUUGCUCAAGGCUGAGCCUGCGCUGGUGGCCGCCGCGGCUGCGCUUGACACGCUGAACAGGGUCAAUCUCUCUGAGCUGAAAGCCUUUCCCAACCCCCCAAAUGCAGUUACCAAUGUCACUGCGGCUGUGAUGGUCCUCCUGGCUCCGAGGGGCAGAGUGCCCAAAGACCGGAGCUGGAAAGCGGCUAAAGUCUUCAUGGGAAAGGUUGAUGUUUUUUUGCAAGCUUUAAUUAACUAUGACAAAGAACACAUUCCGGAGAACUGUCUAAAAGUGGUGAAUGAACAGUAUUUGAAAGACCCAGAAUUCAAUCCAAAUCUGAUUCGGACCAAAUCUUUUGCGGCGGCUGGUCUCUGUGCUUGGGUCAUCAACAUCGUUAAAUUUUAUGAGGUCUAUUGUGACGUGGAGCCAAAACGCCAAGCAUUAGACCAGGCAAACUUAGAACUGGCUGCAGCUACUGAAAAACUAGAAGCUAUCAGGAAAAAGCUUGUGGAUCUGGAUCGAAAUCUGAGCAGACUCACCACUUCAUUUGAAAAAGCAAUAGCUGAGAAAGUCCGAUGUCAAGAAGAGGUGAACCAAACCAACAAAACCAUCGAACUCGCUAACAGACUUGUCAAGGAACUUGAGUCAGAAAAGAUUCGCUGGGGUCAGUCUGUUAAGUCCUUUGAAGCUCAAGAGAAGACGCUCUGUGGAGAUGUUCUCCUUACAGCAGCGUUUGUAUCUUACAUUGGAUCCUUUACAAAACAGUAUCGCCAGGAACUGGUGGACUGCAAGUGGAUUCCCUUUCUUCAGCGGAAGGUUUCCAUUCCAAUAACGGAAAGCCUGGACUUGAUUGCCAUGUUAACGGAUGAUGCUACAAUUGCUACCUGGAGUAUUGAAGGACUGCCCAGUGACAGGAUGUCAACUGAAAAUGCCACUAUCCUAACCCACUGUGAGCGCUGGCCACUGAUGAUAGAUCCCCAGCAACAGGGAAUUAAAUGGAUCAAGAAUAAGUAUGGACCUGACCUUAGAGUCACACACCUGGGCCAGAAAGGAUUCUUGAAUGCCAUUGAAACUGCUCUGGCCUUUGGAGAUGUCAUCUUAAUUGAAAACCUUGAUGAAACGAUUGAUCCGGUCCUUGAUCCACUGCUUGGCAGGAACACGAUUAAAAAAGGAAGGUAUAUCAGGAUUGGAGAUAAAGAAUGUGAAUUUAACGAGAACUUUCGCCUUAUCCUUCACACAAAACUGGCAAACCCUCACUACAAGCCAGAAUUACAAGCCCAGACAACCCUCCUCAAUUUCACAGUCACAGAAGACGGCCUGGAGGCCCAGCUGCUGGCAGAAGUUGUCAGUAUUGAAAGGCCAGAUUUGGAGAAACUGAAGCUGGUUUUGACAAAGCACCAAAAUGACUUUAAGAUUGAGCUGCAGCACCUGGAGGACGACCUCCUUCUGCGCCUUUCUGCAGCCGAGGGCAGCUUUUUAGAUGACACUGAACUGGUGGAGAGACUGGAGAUGACAAAGGCCACUGCAGCGGAGAUAGAGCGCAAGGUGAUUGAAGCCAAAGAAAAUGAAACAAAAAUCAACGAGGCCCGAGAAAGCUACAGACCAGUGGCAGCAAGAGCAGCUCUUCUUUACUUCGUUAUUAAUGAUCUCAGAAAAAUCAACCCCAUCUAUCAGUUCUCCUUGAAGGCCUUCAGCGUGCUGUUCCACAGAGCGAUGGAGCAGGCUGACAAGGUGGAGGGUGUGCCGGCGCGCAUCUCCAGCCUGACAGAGAGCGUCACCCACACUGUCUUCCUCUAUGCCAGCCAGGCUCUGUUUCAGAAGGACAGACUCACCUUCCUGGCCCAGAUGGCUUUUCAGAUUUUGUUGCGAAAGAAAGAGAUAGACCCCCUUGAAUUGGACUUCCUGCUUCGAUUCACAGUUGAACACACUUACCUGAGUCCUGUUGACUUCCUAACUACUCAGUCAUGGAGUGCUAUUAAGGCGCUAGCUCUUAUGGAGGAAUUUCGAGGUAUAGACCGAGAUGUAGAAGGAUCUGCCAAGCCAUGGAAGAAGUGGGUUGAAUCCGAGUGUCCAGAAAAAGAGAAGUUACCGCAAGAAUGGAAGAAGAAAAGUUUAAUACAGAAGCUAAUUAUUUUGAGAGCAAUGCGCCCUGACAGGAUGACACAUGCUCUCAGGAAUUUUGUGGAAGACAAACUGGGGGCCAAGUAUGUAGAGGGGACCAGACUGGACUUAGUUAAAGCGUUUGAAGAAAGCAGCCCAGCCUCCCCGCUGUUCUUCAUCCUGUCUCCAGGGCUGGAUGCCCUGAAAGACCUAGAGGUCCUUGGCAAAAAACUGGGGUUUACAAUUGACUCCGGAAAAUUCCACAACGUGUCUUUAGGACAAGGUCAGGAGAUGGUGGCAGAAAUGGCACUGGAGAAAGCAUCCAAAGGAGGACACUGGGUGAUUCUCCAAAAUGUCCAUUUGGUAGCCAAGUGGCUAGGAACCUUGGAGAAACUCCUUGACCGAUUCAGCCAAGGAAGCCACAGUGAUUACAGGGUUUUCAUGAGUGCCGAGUCUGCACCUACCCCAAAUGAACAUAUCAUCCCUCAAGGACUCCUGGAAAAUUCCAUUAAAAUCACUAAUGAACCCCCCACAGGAAUGCUGGCCAAUUUGCAUGCUGCCCUCUACAACUUUGAUCAGGAUACACUUGAAAUGUGCUCCAAGGAGCAGGAAUUUAAAAGCAUCCUCUUUUCUCUGUGCUACUUCCACGCUUGUGUUGCUGGAAGACUGAGGUUUGGCCCCCAGGGCUGGAGCCGCAACUAUCCUUUCAAUACUGGAGACCUCACCACUUGUGCCAAUAUCCUCUACAACUAUUUAGAGGCAAACCCUAAAGUCCCAUGGGAAGACCUCCGUUAUCUCUUUGGUGAGAUCAUGUAUGGAGGACACAUCACAGAUAACUGGGAUCGCAAGCUGUGUCGGGUGUAUUUGGAAGAAUUCAUGAAUCCAUCUCUGAUUGAAGAUGAACUUACGCUGGCACCAGGUUUUGCAUCUCCACCCAACCUAGAUUAUUCAGGCUACCAUCAGUACAUAGAGAUGCUGCCUCCAGAAAGCCCAGUUCUGUAUGGCCUACACCCAAAUGCAGAAAUAGAAUUCCUGACAGUGAUGUCCAGCACACUCUUCAGAACCUUGCUGGAGAUGCAACCCAGGGAUGCACUCAGCACUGAGGAACUGGGGCAGUCUACAGAAGAAAAGGUUAAGAACGCCUUGGAUGACAUUUUGGAGAAACUUCCUGAAGAGUUCAAUAUGGCAGAUAUAAUGCAAAAAACCCCAAAUAGAAGCCCCUACGUUCUUGUUUGCUUCCAAGAAUGUGAAAGAAUGAAUAUUCUCCUUCAGGAAAUCCGUGUGUCACUGCAACAAUUAGACCUUGGUCUGAAGGGGGAGCUGAUGAUGUCUCCUGACAUGGAAGCCCAGCAGUCUGCAUUGAGUUUUGAUACAGUACCCGAAACAUGGAGCAAACUGGCUUACCCAUCUACCUAUGGCCUGGCCCAGUGGUUUAAUGACCUCCUCUUGCGAUGCCGAGAACUGGAUACUUGGACACAAGACCUUACUCUUCCAGCUGUGGUGUGGCUUUCUGGCUUCUUCAACCCUCAGUCCUUCUUAACUGCAAUCAUGCAGACCAUGGCUCGAAAAAAUGAGUGGCCACUGGAUAAAAUGUGCUUGACUGUUGAUGUUACCAAGAAAACAAAGGAAGACUACAGCCACCCCCCAAGGGAAGGAGCCUACCUUCAUGGGCUGCUCAUGGAAGGUGCCCGGUGGGAUGUCCAGUCAGGAACCAUUGCUGACGCCCGCCUCCAGGAGCUGACGUCAGUGAUGCCAGUCAUCUUUGCCAAAGCCAUACCCAUGGACAGACAAGAGACCAAACACACCUACGAGUGUCCUGUGUACAAAACCAAAAGGAGGGGCCCUGACUACGUCUGGUCCUUCAGGCUGAAGAGCAAAGAAAAGACGGCGAAAUGGGUUCUGGCGGGUGUGGCUCUCCUGCUGGAAGCAUAAGGUGGGAAUGACUGCUUCCGCCAGAGCGCACGGAGGACUGGACCCUGCACUGUCAUCUGUGCAUUAACUUUACUUAAAAUAAAACAUCCUCCUUAAAAAGGCAGCAAAAGGGAAGAGAACAAAACAAAUAGAAAAAAUUGGGGAAACCUAUUUGGACUCUCUCUGUUGAUGUUAGCUUUCCCAAAGGCCCCUAAACACAAAUUAAAGGACAGUAUCCCUCACAUUUUCAUCAGGGUUCCAUUAAACACACAAUCUCAAAAACAA